AUGGUACUAAUAUGCACUCCUAUGAUUAUCUUCUACGAGGAUAGCUUUGACGGCCGUCACCAUGAGUAUAUGGGUGACUGUACUGAUCUUCAUUCUUACAUUAACUGCUGUCACUCCGUCAAAGUGGACGGUUACUUCAUGGUCUAAGAUCGAUCCAGCUACAUAGGCCGCCAGUACUUACAAAGAGGCGAGUACACUGAUUACAUGCGCAUGAUGGAAAUGAACGAUUGCAUUCGAUCCUGUCGUAUGAUCCAAUGUCACACUGUUCUUGCCCAUCAGCAUCAUGGCACCUUCAGAAUGAGGCUCUAUGAACGUUCUGACAUGGGUGGCCGAAUGAUGGAGCUCAUGGAUUAGUGCCCCAACCUCAUGCACUGCUUCCACAUGUCUGAUUUUCAGUCCUGCCACGUGAUGGACGGUCAAUGGCUCGCAUAUGAGCAGCCUAACUUCAUGGGCAGGCACUUCUAUCCGAGACCCGGCGAGUAUAGGAGGUACAGUGACUGGGGCGGAAUGAGUUCCAGGAUUGGCUCCAUCAGACAGAUCAGGGACCUCUGA